AUGACUUCUCAGCAAUAUUGCAUUACUAUCACAGAUAACUUUGGUAAUCUAGAGUUUUGGUGGCAUCAUGACAUUUCAAUUGGAAUUUAUGUUGAAGUUUUGGGUACAUAUUAGUAGAAGAUUUUUAAUGAUAUUAAAUUUAAUAAGAUAUAUGCCAAAAGAAUCAGUAUUCAAUUAUAAUAAUUAGAAAUAUUUGACUCAUCCAAUAACUAUAUGUUAUGUUUUUUGGAAACCAUUUUCGAGUAAAAGAAAGAGGAAAAAUAGGAGAAACAGUUAUAAUUUCAGAAUCAAAUUUUAGUUGUAAACCACUCUUAAGAGCUCACAACUGAAAUAGCAGUUUACUACUUAAAAUUAAUUGGAGGCAAAUAUUUAAAGAAUUAUGAAAUGAAAGAUGAUUAUAUAGUUAAUUUUAAAGGGGAGGAAUUUGAGGACAUGAUAUAUUCAAAAGAGGAACUGAAGAUGUCAAUUCAAAUUUUGCAAAGUGUUGGUAUUUUUAAUGGAAAUGUUGUGUGUAAAUAAGAUUAAGAGUGUUUUAAGUGA